CCAGGCGGUGGCGCUACUUAAAAAACCCAAUUACUGAGAGGGGAAGGCAGAUGAACCAACCACCGCCGUGGCGGCAGCGUCUGCCAAUUUUCUACAACAAAUGUUAACUAGCUGACUGUUUAACAGUUUGUCGAUGAUAGGACUGUUAUAAUUUGUCCAGCCUAGUUUCAGUUUGUAACCCCUGCUGUCUGCCAUUAAAGAAAGUGGAGUCGUCCACCAGAAAAGUCUUUGACGUCCACUCAGCUGCUGGAGUUGCUGUGAGAUAAUGUACUCAAAUAGGUCUGAGUACAGUCACAGUCGGCAGCACAGUGACCGAAGCUCACGGCAGUGGGACGGCUAUGAUGACAAAUGGGAAAGGCGUGAACCUCACAGAGAUAUACAGCGAGAUUCCCAUCACAAAUAUGGUGGGGAUGGACAUGGUAGCACAGAGAGGACAAGCAGAAGUAGAGAGUAUAGUAACUCGCCUAAGAGGCUGUACAGUAAAGACCCAUUGAACAGAGACAGAAGCAGAAGGAGUCCGGUAAGGAGACAUAUGUCUUCAUCUGAUCGUGGUGCGUCUGAAAAGAAAAGACAAAGGUUUACAGAGGGGUGUGAAGAUCAGUACAGUUACAGGCGUGUGCCUGAGGAAAAAGCAAGCCGGCGAUCCCCAGACAGUUUUUCACGAGCUCACAUAACUACAGAUUUUAAACAUGCACUACCACAGGAAGAAGCUGUCAGCUACAGGAAACCCUCUCAAGACUCCAGACAUAGAUACCGGCAGGAGGAGUUCAGCUACAGGCAACAACAUGAUGAUUCGACUGGCAGACGGUCAUCUGGAUAUUACAAAGAUAGAGAUGGUGAUGAACGGAGCUGGGACCGUUCACCAGAAAGGACACGAUCACAAGAUUGCUCUACGAAGGGUUAUGUCAAAACAAGAGCGAGGAAUGACAGCCCUUACAUGGAUCAUGAGGAUCAUUGUCAAGAUAGAACAAGGUUUACAUUGAAUGCAUCUAGUGGACAGAGUGUACUGACUUCAUUGACUGUACGAGACUGGCUGAAGGAUGAAUCCACCUGACUGGGGGAGAACUUUUCGAAGCCAACAAAGAAUAUUGGACUCGGCUCAUCAGACUGUUGUCGACAGCAGCCUGGAGAAUUCAGCAGCUGAUAAUUACUGGGCCACUCACUGCAACUAUCCAAGAUACGGUGCUGAUGAACCUCAAGGUAUGCCACCAGGAGUGAGUCUGGGAUCACAGGGACUUUGUCCACCCCUGCACAGCUCACAUGAUCAGGAGGUGGAUCUCGAGGACCCAAAUGGACAACCCUUCGAAAUGGAUGAGGAUCCAGAGCUGAGAAGAAAGCGAGAAGAGCUUAGAGAGAUAGAGGAGCAAAUAAUAUGUAAGAAAGUUUCUAUCGCUCUGAAAACAGUUAAACCAUUGGUGGAGGAGACAUCACUCACAGGAUUUUCCUCCAAUGAACAAUCAGGUACCUGCAAAGGUGCAACUCUAAAAGACAGGGUGAAUGCAAUUAUUCAGCAACGCCAUCCUGCCAGCUUUCUCUCGAAGGUCCACUAUCGCAGAGAUGUAAUGAGCUCAUCCAGCCUAAGCAAAGAUGGUUUGCUGCAGGAAGACCAUCCACUGAAGCUCAGAGUGAAGGCCCUAAUGAUGCAGAGAUCCAGGGAUCUCCACGUUUCGUCAACAAACAUUAAGGUUCCUGGUGUCACACCGCCUCUUCCAAGCCAAAUCGUUACUUCACCAGCUGAGAGGGAGAACAGUGUUGACCAGGGUUUCCAGCGCUUCCUCAGCCUGCUCAACGAAGGAGUGGACAUGGACUUGCUCAGUAGAAUUGUAAACGAUGACAGUGAAGAUCUUCCUUUAGGUGAGGAGCUCCUGAACAUUCAGCCCCUUGCUGUGGAGAAUAAGUCAGACCAGCCUCUCAGGGGCGAGAGCCUGCAUUCUAACAGUUGUGCCUUUCAGCUGGGCCACAGUCGGUCCAGCAGUAGAGAGAGGAAGACCGACUUGCCGACCAGUCAAGAGAGAUACCUCAACGAUCAUUUACCUGGGGAUGAUGAGAGGAAGAAUGACGGAGGAGUCCUUUGUUUAGGCUCUAGCAGUCGAUCCAAGUCUCCCCCGCCAGUGAAGAAGAAGAGGAAGAAGAUUGAAGAAGAGAAACCAAAUGUGGAAAAGCAGCAUGCAGAUCUGCAGAACAUUCUUAAAACUCUGGGCUUAAGGCUGGAAGUGGAAGAAAUGAGCAAAUUAGCAGAUCGGACUCAGGAGAGGCUAUAUGGCAAGAGGCAUGAAGGUGUGAAGGCUGACAGCAGAGGGGAGCAGGAGAGUCAGCACAGAUACUCCCACGGACAGCAAAGGAGCGCCUCCUCUUCCUCUUCUUCCUCCUUCUCCUCCUCCUCCUCCUCCUCCUCCUCCUCAAGGUCGACUUCUAGAAGUCUUAGUCCCAGCCCCCCACGCCAUCGGCACUCCCACAGUAGAGACUGGAAACAAAGACGAACACCUGAGCACAGCAGCUUGAGAGACAGAAGCAGAGAUAGACUGACAUACAAAGAAAGCAGAGAAGACAGCAAAGAAGCUCAGAAGCAAAGAGACAGAGAACACUCCAAAGAAAGUUCCACUUAUCAACAUCCGUAUCUACAAAACCAAACGUAUCCCCAUCCCCAUUCUGUUGCUUUGUCUUCAUAUCCAGAUUACAGUUCAUCCCAGUACUCUCAGUACUUUGAUAGUGGCACUUACAACGCAGCUACAGACUCUUACUGGACAUACACUCAGGAUGCAAAUCCUCCAUCACUUUAUCCCACUGAGCACCCUUAUCCACAGAACACCUACCAGCACUUUCCCACCUCGGUAUCGGCACCUACAAAGGAUCUGCCUUGUGAAAAACCUCUUCAAGACGUUAACCUGCUUAUGAAUCCAGAUCUGUCUAAGAGUGAAGGCCAAACUGGAUCGACUUCUGGCCCUCGCUGCCUGACGGUCAUCCCCACCAAGCAGUUAACCCACCAGAUAUGUCUAAAGCAGCUCACAAGCCACAGAACUAAAAGGAGGAAUAGACCUCAAAAGAAUAAACGGCGGCGGCGAAGAAUGAAAGAAAAAAAAAUGCUUGCAAAUUCUAUGAAGAAGGUGAAGGGACCACAGGGGGUUGAAGAUGGCACCAAAAUGAAACCUGAAGCUGAGCAGACAGAAGAGGAGAAAACGCAGCCAGCCAAGCAGUCACAUAAGGAGAAGGAGGAACCAGCUGUGCAAUCAGAAGAGGUGAAAAAGCAACCAACUGAGGAGGAGAUCAAGAUGAACCUGAGGAAAAAGCUGGAAGCAUUUAACCAGAUGGUGAAGCAAAAACUGAUGCAGUCAGCUCUCUAACCACUAAGACCGGUUAAAACCUGUGGAGUGUCCUGAGUGUCUGUAAUGUGAACCUGCUGUGAGCCCCGACAGACGGUGUGAACCUCAUGUUUAACCUUCAUCAUUUACACAUGCAGUUCAUAGAUUUCACAGAUUUGUACUGAGUCACUCUUUGAGCUCCUACUUUCAAUGAGAUCUUCAUCAAAAAAAUAUUCUUGCGCAAAUAACUGCCAAUUUGUGUUAGGAUAGGUCUCUAUAUCUCAGCACUACAUCUCAGUUAAUAUGUCUUUGUUUCUGUUACGACUUAUUUUUCUUGGUAUUGUCUAAAUACAUUUUACCAGUAAAUUUACAUACCUUUUGUGGACUGUCUUUUUGUUUGCUUGGUUUUUUCUUUGUUUGUCAUAAAAGGUUCACUGUAAAAUUGG